UCCGUUUUUUAUUUUGUCCGUACAUCUCCCUUCAUUUGAAACAUUCCACUCCGUCUCGCGAUUUAGCCGCCUUAAAUCAAUCGCGUUUUGCUUCCGCUCCGACAUUUUUCUGCUUCAAUCUGUGAGAAUGUCUCGCUGAUCGGUUCAUGUUAGGAUGAAUACAACUGGGUGGAAAUUUCAUGAUGACGGAUCCUGCGCAGAAGCUGUAUGCCAUAAUGCGGCUGUGGGAAUUCCUGGAUCAGUACGUGGUGGAGCCGACUGACGGAUCCUCCGCCUCCUUGCUCGCUGUUAGCCGCCUUGAUGGCUCCAUGAAUCUUGUUGAUGAAAUACCUCAAUGCACCAAGCUUCGAGUUCCUAAAAUUCAGACAAUCUAUGGUGUGGUCGGGACGCUCAAGCUUUUGGCAGGCAAGUUUUGUGUUGCUGUUAAUUUACCUGAGUAUAGUUCGCAAUCAGUUAUCAGCUGCUUCAGUUUACCUUUUGAUACUUACUGUAUCGCUCUAUAUGUCAUGCCUUUUAUUUUUGUCAUCUUGACUAACAACUGGUGCCGGAUAUAGUUCAUAUUCAUGUUCUACUAACUUUUGGUUACUAGUGAAUAGUGAUCUUGGUCAAGGUACACGAUUCACAUUGUGACAUUCAAAUAUUACUCCAUCAAAGGUAUAAAGAAACAAAGGAGCAAGUUUCAGUUUACCCUCAUGAUGUUGAGAAGAAAGUUCCUCUAAUUGUGAAUAUAAAGAGUAGGAAUCA